AUGUGUGGAUGCGGCAUAUAGAAUGUUCAUUAUCUUGGCGGAAUUGAAGAUUUUGAGCAUUUAGCAGCAAAGAUUUCUACUUUGAAAUAAAAUUAUUAACUAAAUAAAGAUUUUACAAAUUACUUAUCUAAUGUAUUAAAAAUUGUUAAUACCUUCAUUAGCUAAAUGAAAAACCCUAAUUAGCCAGAUAUUGUUAAGUUCUGGAAUAGUAUAUUUGAAGAAACAAGAGUGCCAAAGUAUGAACUUUCUGGAAUAAGAUAAGGUGAAUAGAUUUCUUUUUAAGGCUGGUUCAAACACUUCUUUAAUGCCUAUGAAAUUUUAAAAGAUGAAGUGCUAUAAUUUGCUUCUUAAGCUCCUGUGAAAGCAACUGAUGAAAUUAAAAAUGAGAGUUACAAUCUAACAUUUAUCACUAAAAUGGAAGGUAUAGAAGAAAUAGAACCUAAUGUUUUCCGUCCAAAUAUUAAUAUUAGCGUCUAAGAUAAUAUUUUUGCAAAACUAAUAGUUCAAUAUAGAUAUUUAGAAAUGGAUUAAAAAUAAUAGACAGAUCAAACUUCAAACCUAAAAAUUUUCACACUUAAGGUACAAUAAACCCCUUUGCAGGAUAAAGACUUAAGAUCGAAAACUAUAAUAAAAUAUGCUCCUUCAAAUAGAGAAUAAACUUUUUUUACUAAAUAAACUUAUUUUACUAAAAACAAUUUAAUGAAAUAAGGUAGUAAAUUGUUUGAAAUAUCUAAAAAUAGCUUUUUUGAUGCUUUUUAUGCUGCCUACAUCUUGCAUGGCGAUGUAAUGUUUUCAGCUAAUGAUAUAUGGCUUACUAUCUGCCAUAAAUUCGCAAAAGAAAUUGAUACAGAUGCUGAAAAAUAUAGACAUCUUUUUGUAUCUCAUGAAGGAAAGAAAGAGUUAACUAUCUAUUUUGAUGGGCUAUCCUAAGAUUGGAAGGACUUUCCUUGCUAAAAUAAUAGAUGGGACACAGCGAUGGAGUUAUUUAGUGUUGAAAUAUCCAAAAACACUAAAGGAGAUAUAGCUUAAUUAAUUAAAAGUGAUUUCUCUUCUACUAAUUGGAUAGAAAAAGCUUCUUCUAAUAUAUGCUUAAUGUCUUAAAUGCAACAUUAUUUUGAUUACAGUAUGACCGUGUGUGGAUGCGGCAUAUAGAAUGUUCAUUUUGUUGGCGGAAUUGAAGAUUUUGAGCAUUUAGCAGCAAAGAUUUCUACUUUGAAAUAAAAUUAUUAACUAAAUAAUUACUUUACAAAUUAUUUAUCUGAAUUAUUAAAAAUUGUUAAUACCUUCAUUAGCUAAAUGAAAAACCCUAAUUAGCCAGAUAUUGCUAAGUUCUGGAAUAGUAUAUUUGAAGAAACAAGUGUGCCAAAGUAUGGAGGUUCUGGAAUGAGAGUUGGUGAUUAGAUUUCUUUUAAAGGCUGGUUCAGACACUUCUUUAAUGCUGAUCAAAUUUUAAAAGAUAAAGUGCCAUAAUUUGCUUCUUAAGCUCCUGUGAAAGCAACUGAUGAAAUUAAAAAUAAGAGUUACAAUCUAACAUUUAUCACUAAAAUGGAAGGUAUAGAAGAAAUAGAACCUAAUGUUUUCCGUCCAAAUAUUAAUAUUAGUGUCUUAGAUGCUGAUUAAACUCAACAAAAAUUUUACAAAUUUUGGUGA